GGGUACACACAUUCGCACGAAGCGAAGCGUUGGCUGGGUCGAGCGGUUUUCAGCUGUUUCGGCGAUGUUGAGUCGGUCUUAUUCUUACUAAGUUGGCUGUGUUUUUUAAAAUAUUCCUUUGUUUUUUUUUUGAGGCUAUUCUUUUGAAUUUUAGAGUACGCGAAUUAUAGUUUUCGUGGAUUUAGUGUGCGUGACGUAAAUAAGAUUUGUAUGCUGUGUUUCAGUGAUAUGAGCAAGAAGAUCUGAAGUAAAAAAUGGAUCCUAUUGGUUCCAGCUGCUAUAACUUGCACGUCGAAGAAAAUGCUAAUUUAGAAGAAGAUGAGGGUGACAAAUUUGCCGAAAUUAUUGUUAGCGUCCGAUCUCUUAGUAAAUAUGAAGGUAGAUCUUUUAAGUCAAUGUUACCACAAGUGGCCGGUGCAGCUAUUGCAGCUUCGUUUCACUUUGUAGUAGGAGUAAGUUUGGCGUACUCAGCUAUUUUAAUUCCCCAUCUAAAUACAAAUUUUACUAAUCAAACUAGUGAUGAUAUAAUUGCUACGAAGACUGAAACAUCAUGGAUAGCUAGUUCAACUGUACUAGUAUCACCAAUAGGAGGGAUAACCGGCGGUUUCUUGAUGGAUAGUGUAGGACGAUUAAAUACAUUAAAACUAGCAGCUAUACCAAGUAUUAUAGGCUGGAUAACAAUCGCAACUGCAAAUAACGUUCCUAUGUUAAUUAUUGGAAGAGUACUUACGGGCUUGGGAUCAUCAUGGGGUACAAGUCCUGCGAUUGUUUACAUAACUGAGAUUGCCAGAGUUGAUGCUAGAGGGUCUUUAAUAUCCUUUAGUCCUGCAUACGCUUCGUUAGGAAUGAUGGUUGCUUUCUUAAAAGGUUACUUUUUAAGUUGGAGAACAGUCGCUUGGCUAUGUUUAAUUUAUUCGAUUUUGCCAAUUAUUUUAAUCCAAUUUUUCAUAAAGGAAAGUCCGCCAUGGUUAGUAGCCAAAGGAAGAGUCGAAGAAGCAGCAAAGAGUUUAAAUUGGAUUAACAAGAAUCAACCGCAUCCUGAUCAAAGACCUGAAAGUUUAGCAGAGCUACACUUACAGUUGCUCCAGAAAGAGCAUCAAUUAAAAAUGGAGGAAGAAAGUAGAAAAGGAACCGGGUUUAUACAAAAGUGCAAGCUGUUUUUAAAACCAACGGGAUAUAAGCCACUUUUACUAUUGUUUGCUCUAUUUUUCUUCCAACAGUUUUCUGGAAUCUAUAUUAUGUUAUUCUAUUCCAUUACAUUUUUCAAAGAAACUGGUUCUGCCAUGGAUGGUUAUUUGGCAUCGGUACUUAUAGGCACAAUCAGAUUUCUCAUGUCAUGUAUAAAUACGUAUAUGUUAAAGACUUUCCACAGGCGACCUCUUAUAGUGGUUUCGGGAGUUAGUAUGGCAAUAUGUAUGGUCACUUCUGGAUUCUUUACAAAAUGGAUUCAUGAAGGAACGACAACACAUACUUGGGUUCCGACACUGUUGAUUCUUGUGUAUGUCAUAACGACAAUGAUUGGCUUGCUGCCCAUUCCAUGGACUAUGACAGCUGAAUUAUUUCCUAUUGAAAUACGUGGAGUGGCACAUUCGAUAGCUUACAGUGCUGCCAACUUGCUCAUGUUUGCUUCGGUCCAGAUGUUUUAUACACUUCAAGACUGGUUUGGAGGAAUUGUCGGUUUGCAAUGGUUCUUCGCAGUCGUCUCAGUCAUGGCUUCGAUAUAUACAUUCAUAUUUUUGCCCGAAACGCACGGGAAAAAAUUGUCCGAAAUCACGAAUUAUUUUGCAACCAGCGGAGGCCUAUAUUUAUGUUCCGAAGAAAGAAACAAAAAGAAAUCGAAUAAAAAAACACCCAAAAUUGUUUCGAGGGUACCGCAACAAAUUAUUAAAUCCAAUACUCAAACCGAGAAAUUACUUAACAGAGCUUAAACAUAUUAUUUAAUGUAUAAUUUUUAAUUAUAUGACACCAUGUAAGCAAAAUUACUUCCAAUCAAAAAUAGUUAUUAUAAUUUCUUGAAAAAUUACUUUCAAUGUUUUGACAGUUUUAGUGUGGUUUCAGACUGCAGGCGCAUACUACUAAUUAGUUGGUGUGUAGUAAAUGGAGAAUAUGUUACAAUAUGAUUGAAUAAAACUGUAUGAAGUUGGCUAAUAAUUCACGAUCGAUGACAUUCUUUAUAUAAUAUUACAUUUAAAAUGACAGAGCGAUCUUGAUUGCCCAGCUAACGGUGACACCAUUUUUUAUUCAAUUGGAAGAUACAUGUUUCAAAAUCAAACAAUAUGGUUACAUUGCUGUAUUUUUUUUGUCGCAUUCAUUUUUAAUUGUAUCUAUAUAAAACUUAAAAUAAAGUACUAAGUUAUUUGUGGCAUACAACUCUGAAAUCAAACUAAAAUGAAAUGUUUUCUAUGAUAUUGCGGUUAAAAAGUAUGAUACUAAUUAUUAGAGUAAACACAGGUUUGAAGUUUGACAUUGAAUCGCUAUACGCUCCGACAUUACUCACGUCCUUUCAAGUGACCUGAAAUAUGUAAUUUGCUAUUUUAAAUUGAUUGGUGCUAUAUACAAUAUUAAAAAAGUACUUUAGAUAGAUUUUAACUAUUUUGUAAAAUUUACAAAUUGAGUAAAUUGUUUUGUUGUAAGCACUAUACCAACAGUAUUUAUUUUAUAGCCUGUCCAGCAAAAAAAUAUAUCACGUGGACUGUUAUUUAUAUACAUAAGUAAAUUGUUACCUCCCUCAUGUUUUAUAUGUGGUCUGUCGAAAUUAUAUAUUCUUUCGCUGGACAGACUAUAGAUGUUCCUAAGAUGUAUAAGUAGCUUUUGUAGUUUUAUGUUAUUUAUUGAAAAAUUUACUUUACAAUGACAUUACAUUUUUUUAUUUUUAAUAUGAUUUUAUGGAGAUUAAUAUUUUUGUACGAAGAAAAUGUUUUAAGUGAAACAUGCAUUUGUUUUGGCUAGUUUUCGGAUAUGUAACGUACAAAUUUGUACUUAUUAAUAACUAAUAAAGCAGUUUUUUAGUUGUAUCUCUUU